CCCGAGAUAAUCGAGCAUCCAGAGAACCAAUAUGUGACGGUCAACAAGCCGGCCUCGCUCAACUGCCGCACAUCGGGUAAUCCACAGCCGAACGUCACCUGGUACAAAAAUGGUCAGCCAGUCAUUUCCUCAAAUGAGGAUUCUCAGUCCAACACCAUGAUCCUACCGAGUGGACAACUCUUCUUCAUGAAAGUC